AUGACUUCUCAAUUUCCUCACGCUUCACCGGUGUCGAUGAGAACGGAUGACAUGGAGCUUGAAGCCUGGACUUUGGCUGAGCAACGAAACGCUGUCGAUUCGCCUAACGGACACCAAGAUGCGAAUUUGAUUCGUGAAGCCCAACUGAACGCCCACAAUAUCAAAUGCCUGCUCGACAAGAUCUAUCACCUGAACAAGCAAAACUCUUCC